AAAUAAUUUCUCCAUUCCCAUUUUCUGACUCACACUAAUCCAUUUUAGGGUGCGGGAAAUGCGACAGCCGAUCUCUUACCAGGCCGUGCUCUCACGCGCCACGCGUGUCACAGACGCACGUGUCCCGCUCCGAUAGAGAUCGCGAAGUUCCUGCACGGUUUCCCGCAAUUCGCUAAAGUCCACCUCGCCUUUGUAGCUAGCGAACGUUAUCCCGAAGUUUCAACCGGUUAUUGCACCCGAUGGCGACCAAAUGUUUCCUCCUGCCUCUAGUCGCGAUUUUCGCACUGGUGGUUUCGCUUGUGAUGACGUCAGAGAUCGCGUCAGCACAGUGCAGCCACAGCCAUGGUCACUCCCAUGGUCAUUCCCAUGACCAUGACCAUCAUGAUCACAUGCAUGGUGGUGGCGCUGGUGGGAUUUCCUCGUGGGAAGAUAUAGAGCAUGCAGAUGAGCACAUCCACAUGCAUGGGCAUGAUCAUGAUCAUGAUCAUGACCAUGGGCAUGCGAAUGGGCAUGGACACAUGCAGAAGGACCAUGGGCAUCAUCAUCAGCAUCACCACCACCACUCCCACGCAGCAGGGCAGAAGGUGAAGGGCAAGGCGCAGGCAGCAGAGAGAGCAGCGGGGUUCAGGCACCCAGAGGAGGAGGCGGAGGAGAGGGCGUUGAGGGAAGAAGAGGAGGACGAGGAGGAGGAGGAGGACUGGGAGGCGGACAGGACAAUCUGGCCCAUGGACCAGAAGCUGCUAGCCAUCUGGCUGGAGGCUAUGGGCAGUGCUCUCGUUGUUUCGCUCUGCUCCCUCAUCUGCCUCACCCUGCUGCCCCUCGUCUGCUACAAGGGCAAGCUUCCCCGGGCGCUGGUUGACGGCCUGGCUGCAUUUGGGGCUGGAGCCAUGCUAGGAGACGCGUUCCUGCAUCAGUUGCCACAUGCCUUCGGCAGCGGAUCGCAUUCCCACAACCACACCCAGUCACAUGACCAUGGGCAUGCACAUCCACAUGGACAUGGGCAUGAGUCCCAUUCACAUGACCACGGGCAUGACCAUGGCCAUGAGGAGGGGGAGGAGGGCAUGCGCACUCCAUUGAAGACCUUUCAGUCGGCAUCGCAGUGCUGGUUGGCAUCGUGCUUUUCUUCCUAGUGGAGAAGAUUGUCAGGCGCGUGGAAGAAUUGACUUCACAAGGCCGGGCUGUGCCGUUUGCUGCUCACAGCCACCAGCACCACCACCACCAUCAUCACACUCCCAAGGGUGACGAACCCAAGAAGGAGGGCAAGCAUGACAAGGGCGAAGGAGACGAGGGAAAGGACGAGGCUGAGUGUGAGACAGCGAGUGAGAAAGCGAGUGAGAGAGUGAGUGAGAGAGUGAGUGAGAGAGUGAGUGAGGAGAAGGAUGGAGUGGCAGGGAAUGAGGA